AUGCUGCACGGUUCGCUGGUUCUGGCCCCCCUCCCCCCGGCCUGCGCACCCUGGGCCCCCCUCUCUCCCUUGCGAAAAGUCAUAAUGCAAUUGCCAGGACGGCCGAUGUGGAACGCUCAACGACCACUACCAUCACGCAACCAGUCCGCACUCAAAUGCGUUGUAACUCACACGCCAUCCAGCACGAUGGAUUUGUCCAGGCGAGAUUUCUCUUAUGGUGCUCGGUGA